AUGUUACCCGUUAUUCGACAUGAGAAAUCUGAAGAACUAUAUCUAACAAAACUCGGUCUAAGAUUUAUCUGGAUUGGACAUGCUUCGUGUUUUGUUCAAAUGAACAAUUUUCGAUUUCUUGUCGACCCAAUUUUCAGUGAACGAUGUGGUAUAGCAUCAUUUAUCGGACCGAAACGUUUCCGUCCACCGGCAUUAAUAAUAAAUGAUUUACCCGAUGAUCUCGAUGCUAUACUUAUUUCACAUAAUCAUUUUGAUCAUCUCGAUUAUUCUAGUGUAAAACAAUUAAAUAAACGUUAUGGUGAACGACUAACUUGGUUCUGUGGUCGAGGUACUCGACAAUGGUUUCUUGAUAAUCAUGUAAAAAAUGUUGUUGAACUCGAUUGGUGGGAAAAGUAUCAUUUUUCGAAAAAAGAAGUAAACAUUGCAUUUUGUCCAGCUCAACACUGGUAAUGUUCAAUGGUUUUUUUUCUUAUUGUGUACUCAAAAAGUGAGUACACUCUAGAAUCGGUCAGUGUGUCUGGCCGUUUACACGAUAACUUUUGAAAGCAGAGUCCGAUCGCGAUGAAAUUUUCUACACAGUUUAGUCUAAACAAUAUCUCGGUCGAGUUCGAACGUGAGAAGGAUUGGCCGAGCCGUUCCUGAGUUAUUGCAAAAAUAGUCAUUAUUCCCUAUGCCUUCCUAUCCGAAAAUCGACCUAUCCCCACUUUCGUAAGAAACUUUUCCUAUCAUAGUCAAAUAAAACCCCAACUAUUAUAUGCCAUUAGAUAGAGAAUUUCACGAGCUACAAAAUAGUGUAUAAAACAUAAAGAAACAAGAAGGCUAACUCACCUAUUGCAAAGAUAAUUAAACGGAAAUUGGUUCUGUUUGUGUCCA